AGCAGCAUUCAAAUCUUGCAGACUCUUGCACUCUGAGAGCUUGUAAUAAGACAUACUCCUCUUACAAGAGUUGAUGCUACAACAUAACAAAGAAACUUACGUUGUUGGAGGAGCAGUGUAUUCAUUUUGGCAUUGUGCAGAGCAAUGCAAAGCUGGAGGACUUCUCCAUCCCUGAAAAUGAUAAUGAACUCUGCAGUCAGCCUUGUGAUUCUUUUGUCCCUUCUCUGUGAAGCACAUACUGUCGUUUUACUAAAUCCCACUGACUCAUCUCUGCCAGCCAAUAACUUCACUGAUACUGAAGCCGCCCUCAGCACACCACUAGAGUCUGCGGAUAUCCCCAAAGCCAGGCGGAAGCGUUACAUUUCUCAGAAUGACAUGAUCGCCAUUCUCGAUUAUCAUAAUCAAGUCCGGGGCAAAGUGUUCCCACCAGCAGCAAACAUGGAAUAUAUGGUCUGGGAUGAAAAUCUUGCAAAAUCGGCUGAGGCAUGGGCAGCAACUUGCAUUUGGGACCAUGGACCUUCUUAUUUGCUGAGAUUUUUGGGUCAGAAUUUGUCUGUACGAACUGGAAGAUAUCGCUCUAUCCUCCAGUUGGUCAAGCCAUGGUAUGAUGAAGUCAAAGAUUAUGCCUUUCCUUACCCUCAGGACUGCAACCCUCGGUGUCCCAUGCGAUGCUUUGGGCCCAUGUGCACUCAUUAUACACAGAUGGUUUGGGCCACUUCUAAUCGAAUAGGAUGUGCAAUUCACACUUGCCAAAACAUGAACGUCUGGGGAUCUGUGUGGCGAAGAGCAGUGUACUUGGUGUGCAACUAUGCUCCAAAGGGUAACUGGAUAGGAGAAGCACCAUACAAAGUUGGAGUGCCAUGUUCAUCGUGUCCUCCAAGUUAUGGUGGAGCCUGUACUGACAAUCUGUGCUUUCCAGGGGUAACCACAAACUACCUGUACUGGUUUAAAUAAGCUUUUUCCUUUCAAGGGGAUACAAUGGUUUCUGGACUAAUAAGCAUAUAUAUAUAUAUAUAUAUAUAUAUAUAUAUAUAUUGUGAAGUUUGAACAUCUUAUAUUUACUUUAUUGUAAUCCUGUUUUCAUUUUAAUUGCCAAUUUACUAGUGUUUAUCUAGAGUGUUAAGUCUUAGAUACAAACAAAACAUCAUUUUCUACUUUUGAACUUAAGUUUAAAUUACUGUAUUUGUAGCAUACACAUAUGUAGCUAUGUACCCACAGUUGUUGCAUCCAAUUCUAAGACCUGCAAUUCAGAGAAAUUAUGUUAUUAUGACCCUAAAGAGUGGGAUGUAUGUUCAAGCUAUAAUAUAUGUGUACUCCUAUGUAUACAUAUAUAAAGAUAUGCUCACAUAUAUGAUGUGUGAUAUGACACAUAGGUAAUAAUAUGAUGUGGUCGUUAACAGGGGAAAAUUAAAAAUAUACUUGAGGUCAUGAGACAUUUUCAGGACAACUUCUAUAAUUCCCAUGAAUGUAUAAUUUGCAACUCAGUGAUAUUUGGAAAUAACUUAAUUAAGCAAUUGUUGAAUUCAUUCUGGAGAUACUUUAUUUGGGUCUACAAAGUGAAUGUUCAAUUUAUGUAAGUUUCCAUAACACACCUUUUGCUUGGUUUCAUUUUGGUUUUGAAUUAGUAAGCAUGUUUAGUGUUUACUGUGACUAAUUUACUUUGCUGGUUAUGGUCUGAUAAUUACAUUUAAUUCUUGCCUUUGAGAAGCUAUCAGAUGUCCCUAAAAUAAUAAUUUUGCUAUAAAAUUAUUUUUAUUAGAUAUUUUCUUUUUUUCACAUUUCAAAUGUUAUCCCCUUUUCUUGUUUGCCCCCCUGAAAACCCCGUAUAACAUCUUCCCUCCCCCUGCUCACUAACCUACCCACUCCCAGUUCCCUGUUCUGGCAUUCCCCUACACUGGGGCAUUGAGCCUUCACAGGAUCAAGGGCCUCUCCUCCCAUUGAUAUCUGACAAGGCCAUCCUCUGCUACAUAUGCAGCUGGAGCCAUGGGUCCCUCCAUGUGUACUCUUUGGUUGGUGAUUUAGUCCCUGUGAUCUCUGGAAGUAUUAGUUGGUUCAUAUUGUUGUUCCUCCUAUGAGGCUGAAAACCCCUCAGCUCCUGGGUCCUUUCUCUAGCUCCUCCAUUGGGGACCCUGUGCUCAGUCCAAUGGUUGGUUGAGAGCAUCCACCUCUCUAUUUGUCAGACACUGGCAGAGCCUCUCAGGAAAUAGCUAUAUCAGGCUUCUGUCAGCAAGCACUUGUUGGCAUUCACAAUAGUAUCUGGGUUUGGUAACUGUAUAUGGGAUGAAUACCCAAGUGGGGAAGUCUCUGAGUGGCCGUUUCUUCAGUCUCUGCUCCAAACUUUGUCCUUCCAUAGGUAUUUUGUUUCCCCUUAUAAGAAGGACCAAAGUAUGCACACUUUGGUCUCCCUUCUUCUUGAGCUUCAUGUGUUCUGUGAAUUGUAUCUUGGGUAUACUGAGCUUCUGGGCUAAUAUCCACUUAUCAGUGAGUGCAUACCAUGUGUGUUCUUUUGUGAGUGGGUUGUAAAAUUAUUUUUAGCAAAUCAUUUUUUAUGUGUUUUGAGGGAACACACAUAGUAACCACAUACAGAUAGGAUAAUUGGUAAACUCUACUGUCUCACAUUAAAGUGCCUGUUUCCCAAGAGACUCCAGCUUCAAUAUACAAAUGAGAGAUGUAAGGUGUCUUAAUUAUAUUUUUGUGAAGUGAUAUCAUGACCAAUGUUGCUUUAAAAAAAAAACACUUAAAAUUGGAGACUUCCCUACACUUUCAGAAGGCUAGUCCAUGAUCAUCAUGGUGGAGAGUUGGAGCUGUUCAGGCAGGAAGCAAGGCACUGGAGCCAUAGUUGAGAGCUUAUUUACAGGCAGGAGGCAGAGUGAGUGAGACUGGGCUUGUCCUUGGCUUUUAAAACAUUUAAAUCAACCAUUUGGAAAUAUAUGUCUUAAUUUAAAAAAAAAUUUUUAAGAGAGGACAAUAUAACACCUGGGUCAAGACACAAAACAAAUUAUAUUUAAAAUACGUGUGCAUAUGUGAGUGCAUUCAUGUGUGAGCAUAAGCAUAGACUUAGAAAGUAAGUAAGCCUGGUCCUUUCAGAGGGCAAACAGGAGAAGAAAGCUACAUAUUUAAACUCCAUACACAGCUGCAGUUCCUUAGGUGGAUACAUUGAAGGAUGACAGUUAAUUUCGUUCAAUUCAAUAGGAGAUAUAUCCACAAUCUGGAUACUGGGCCUUCUUAAAGACAAACAAAUGGUCUAAAAACUUUUAAACACUGAAUAUUGGGACUAAAUGUUUUGUUAAUAAGCGACCCUGCCUUUGUGGAAACAUAUAUGGACCUUAUUUAAAUAAGUAUUUAAGUAUUUUAGAAAUACAAUAGAGAAAAGAAAUAUUACAUAAUUUAGAGUUGAUCUAAUUUCCUUUUCCUUCUUUUAUUUCCUUUGAGACAGUCUCACAUAAUCCAGGUUAACCCUAAAUUCACUGUAUAGUCAAGGAUAACCUGAUUCCUGAUUCUCUUGCCUCUAACUCUUAAAUGCUGGCUUUAUAGAUUUGUACCACGUAGCUAAAGGUAGGAAUUUUGUUUUGAUGACAUCUGCUUGACUUACUUAAGAAUUUUUUUCCUUAAGGUUACUGAAGUAGAGCCAUAUAAACAGUAGUUUACAAUCCUCAUUUCCAGGUUACUUUCCAGUUUAUAUGUGUAGGAAGGUUUCUCAGUUCAAAGAAAUAAUAAUGGUAUUUAUUAUGUAGGUCCCAGACUUGCCCAGAAAAGUCAAUCUACCAUAUUAUCAGAAAUUUAUGAAUAUUAAAACAAUCACUCAUAGAGCUUCUUCUUGGCAUGGACUCUUGUAAUUAAUUGCAUAUAUUACAGCAUGUUACCUACUGGAUGUACUAUAAUAAAUGUUUAAUUCAGUAGAUUUUUCAGAAUUAGUUUAAAAGUCUAAAAUUGUAAAAGCUAAAGUGAGCUUGCCUUUUCAAAACGUUUAAAGACUAAAAAUUCUCUAAAACAUAAAAGUUUGAAUAUAACAAAUGUCCAAAAAACGUCAUGCAUGGCAUGGUACUGAACUUGGGGUCUUCAAGCAUGCAAAACAACUCUUUCAAAACUACAGCUAGAACCAGUAGCUUAUUUAUAACUUUACAAGUAAGCCAAAACCACAACGGAUAUAUUUGUUAUUCUGUCUGUACUUUUUAACAUUGGUAUGUAAAAUGCCAUGUGAAAUAUUCUCUUUCCUGGGCCAUUGCAAAUGAUACUUUGCUUGUAUCAAUAUAGUGUCUUACAUUUGCAUGGGGGUGCUAGGUUUUUGGAUUUGCACUGUAAUUCUCAGAGAUGGAACAGGCCUGGCUAUAAACUGUGUCACACAGGCAACUUUAAGUCAUCAGCAUUAAAGAUAUUAUUUUGAAAGGUUUCAUCAAAAAUAUGACUAACAGUAUUGAUUUCUCCCAAUAAUAUUUAUUUAGGGGAAAAGUAACAUGUUGCUACAAUAUCAUUUUUUAACCUUCACAUAAGGGAAAAAAUAAAUAUGAAAUUGCUGCACUACUUACUAGAAAUGUGUGUAAACUGUGCAGGUGUGGUCUUAGCAUUCUUGUAAUGACAGACAAGCUUGAUUUAAUAACACAGAAGCCAAGAUGAUUAGCACUAUUAUUUUUGCUUUUAACCCAUCAAAGCUUCUCUAGAACUUUUAUCUAGCUCUGCUGUUAUCUGCACUUGAGAUGUUCAUGAAAAUUUUAUUUCUAAUUUUUAUACAGUCUUGAUACAGUAUACUCUGAAUAUUUUAAUCAAAAAUAAUAUAUUUCUCAUAUUUUUGAAUUAAACAAACCCAUAAAGUUUACACUAUGAAUCCAGUGCAUAUUUAUACUACUUUAAGUAUUUCACUUAAAGGUUCACUCCUUGCUUGGUAAAUAAUGCAAAAAUAAAUGGAUGAGAUGAAAGUUUUCCUAAAGGAAGGCAGUACUAAAACCAGUACUAUUUUUCCCCUUGGUAUUUAGAUUUCACAAUAUCAUGCAUGGAAUGUGAAUCUUAUAGAUAGAAAGAUUUACCUACUCAAGUAUUUAGGGGAUAAAAUUAUAUUUCUAGUAGUAGUUAAUAUUGUUUUUUUUUUUUUUUACAGGGGUUUUGUAUUUGUGUGUGUGUGUGUGUGUGUGUGUGUGUGUGUGUGUGUGUGAAGAUAUUCAAACCUAUGGCAAGGCCUUUUAAAAGUUGUGGCAUGGCUCAACUUGGAAUUGUAAAAUGCUGAUUAAAAUAGAAAGUUAAACAAGUCAAUGGUUAGUGGUGCUGAAAAAAAUACAAUUACCAUAUUGUUACAAUUUUUGAGGUUUUUUUGAAACUACAGUUGUUACUAUUAGAUAUGAAUGAGCAAUAGUUGCCUAUUCUGCUGCUAAAUAUAUGGUGCUAAAUGAAUUGUUAGUGUCAACAGUUUUAAAAUCACUUCCUUUUAAAAUCUAUUCUUGAUUCAGAAGUAAUAGCAAAACUUUCUAAUCUUUACCAAUAUAUGACAGUUGAAUCUGCUUUCUCUUUAUUUAACAAUACAAUAUCAUUACAUGUAAAUAUAUUUCUUUAGAAGUGACCAUUCUUCAAGUGGAUAUUGGUUUUUCUUUGUGUGUGUGUGUUUGUGUGUGUGUGUGUGUGUGUGUGUGUGUGUGUGUGUGUGUGUGUGUGUGUGUGAGAGAGAGAGAGAGAGAGAGAGAGAGAGAUGUAUGGCCUGAAAGGUAAAAUUACCCGUGUUAACCAUGCUGCAGGCCGUGGCGCCCUCUGGUGUUUCAAAAGACAAAUUUGUAUAUUUGAUAAAAGCUAUUUGUGCUUAGUGAAAAUUUGUUUUGCACUGUCCCAGAAUUUUUCACCCUGGAUCUCCCAGGAUUAAAACCACAAGACAAGCUUGAGUCUAUUGACAUGCCUUCUUAAGAGUAAAGAACCCAGACAGUACUUCAUUCACUUUAAAAAAAAAAAUGUAAUGUCCACUCUAAGGUACUUAGUUUCAGUUUUAUUGUAUUUUAUUUUAUUGGAAAUGAUUUAUCAUUGCAUCUCAUUUUUAAGAGUUGUUGUUUUACUUAGCUCAGGACAUAUCGUAAUAGGAGACCAUAUAAAAUAGUAACUAGUUACAUAUACCACGGAGCCAUCUAUGCUGAUUGCAUAUCUAUCAUUUGUGUGUUAUGCUUCAUACUACAGAAGUAACACUAACUUGCUAUUAUUCCAAUAACAGUUUAACUUAUGACACUCAUGUGAUGAUAGAUUUCAUAAACUGUCUUAAAGCAUCAGAUAACCUCAGGUUAUUUUCAAACUUGUUUAAGAAUGGGAAGCUCUUCUAGGAUCUAAACCACACACAAAGCUUCAAAAUAUGGACCUAUUCUUUUCAAACCUAGUGCCCGGAAACUUUAUUCUUUGGGCUGUAGAAUUUCAUUACACUAAACGACAUUCUGCUAAGUUAGUUAAUUACCCGGAUUUUUCCUGAAACAAUCAGUUACAGAAAGAACAAAAUUUGAAAGCCUAAAGUAUUUCUGGAGUUCUUUUACAUAACUACUUUCACUCUGACUGUGCUGGCAAUCUACUAGUUUUGAAGGGAAUCAAACACUGGGCUCAUUUUGUCCCUGGCUGCUUAUUACAGCAUUUGUGUUUUUUUUUUUUAAUUUUACUUUUAAGCUGGAUAAUGAAUUAAGUAUGGUGCAUAUAUGAAGAGUAUGCUUUUUAAAAAUAUGUUCAUCUUUCAAGUAUUUAUAUAGUCCUAAAAUUGAAUGUAUCACUUCAGAAAUUGUAAGCAUAAAUAUGACGGCUGGCUGCAAUUCAUUCUGUAGAGUUGCAUUGGUGAACAGGUGCUCCUUUAUGUAGUGAUACAGUGUUAUGAAUGUAUGGAUUUUUAACCUCUGUACUUGCAGACCAUAGCAAAUGUAGCUUUUAAACCUGACUGUGUUAUUUUUCCUUCAAUAAAAUAUUAUUCAUUAUUUUGAUUUUGA